AUGUCUUCCAACGCCUCCACCUACUCCAACCCCUUCGCCAUCGACCCUGCCGAGAUCCGCGACAUCAACGUCCAUGCACGCGUCCCCGUGACCCUCGACGCCUCCAACUCCACGUACUUCGCGUGGAAGACGUACUUUACGCUGCUCUUCCCCGAUGGCACCGUGGACUCCCGCACCAUGGACUUGUUCCACACGGUCGUGAGUGCCGGCGACGACGCCCGCGCCCUGUGGGUCAAGCUGAACGGCCUCUUCACCGACAACCAGCUUCAGCGCCGCGUUUUUUUGCAGCAGGAAUUUUUUGACUGUCACCAGGAUGAACAGUCUAUUGAUGACUACUGCCGCCGCCUGAAGACAUUGGCGGACGAGCUCCGUGACAUUGGAGCCAAGGUGGACAACGACCUCCUCCUCAGCACGCUCACCGCCGGCCUCAACGAGGACUUCGGCAACGCCGCCUCUAACCUCACCUUGAUGCCGGAGCCCUCCUUCCCCAAGUUUGUGGCGUACUUGAGGUUGGAGGAGCGCCGGAUGAAGGGGGUCAAGAAGCGUGUGCAGCACCACGCCCUCGCCGCCGGCACCUCCCGCGGCGCCCCUCCACCGACCGCCCCACCCGCGCCGCGCCAGCAGCCGCCGCCACCAGCGCCUCCGGGGUACUUCCCCCUCCCGCCCGCGCCUCCCGCCCUUCCCGCUGCCCCCAGCAGCCGGGUGGCGGGUGCCGCGACAACCGCCGCGGGGGCGGCCGCAAGCAGCAACAGGCGCCGAGGGGGGGGGGGGCGUCAGCCGCAGCAGGUGACUCCCCCAUGGACGUACGGCACCAACCCGUGGACUGGCGUCGUCCACGCCUACUCCAUGCCGGUCCCUCGGGCUCCGGCUCCGGGCAUCCUUGGGCCCCGCCCGGCGGGUCACCAGGCCCUCUUCGCCGCGUCGCACGCCGCUCCCUACAGCGGCUAUGGUACCGCGCCCCCGCCGACGCCCGCCUAUGGGUCCGCGCCGGCCUAUGGCGCCGCCGCCGCGCCGGCCUAUGGGACCGCGCCCUCCUACGGCGCCGCCGCUGCUCCGGCCUUCGGGGCUGCUCCCGCGCCGGCCUACGGAGGGUUCUACCCUCCUCAGGCGCCGCCGCCGUGGGACUAA